UCUCAUCUGUAUUUAAAAGGAGGCAAAGCCCACUGCUUUCUCCCAUGCACUUGUCUUAAUUCAUCAUCACCUCCAACACAGCACUACUACUCCUUCUGAUCAUCAUCAGUGUUUUCUGCAUUUCAUAUUUCUCCCCUCCUUAAUUAUCGAUCACAGUACUGCCACUGCUUGUCUCGUUCUAACCCCCGCCCCCCCUCUUCUUCAUUUAAUCCAAUAUCCCACCUUCCAAACAAACAACAUUAUAUAUAUCAUCAAUCAAACCCUAAUACAUAUAUAUUCUGACAAGCCCCAUUCUUGCAACAUAUAUAUAUUAUUACAAGCUGACAAUGUCUAGCAGAAGAUCAUCACGUUCCAGGCAGUCAGGAGCCGCCCGGAUAAGCGAUGAUCAGAUCGCCGAUCUCGUCUCCAAACUCCAACAACUCAUCCCUGAGAUUCGCAACAGUCGACGACGUUCCGACAAGGUUUCAGCAUCAAAGGUGCUGCAGGAGACUUGCAACUACAUAAGGAGCUUGCACAGAGAGGUGGACGAUCUGAGCGACCGAUUGUCGGAGCUUUUGGACUCGACGGACAGCGACAGUGCUCAAGCAGCCAUAAUUAGGAGCUUGCUAAUGUAAUAGUACAAGAUGAUCAUGGACCGAGCUUAAUUUUAAUUAGUUUUAUAAUUAUAUAUGAUGAACAGUACGUUCUGUAUCAGUUUUUUUUUUUCGAUCUCAUUGAUGUUGUCUAGCUAGGGUUUGGUCAUAAUAUUAGGCCAACUUACAUAUAUAUAUAGGACUUGUAGCUGUUUGGGUGCUAUACAUACAUGAUAUAUAUAUAUAUAGUAUCCCUAGCUAGCUUCUACAGGUUUUAUCAUUACAAUAUUAGAGACUUGAAAUUGGCUUAUGUUUAUAUAAGUCAUAUGAUGCAUGAUUACAUAUAAAAAUAAGAAGGGGUUGCGCCUGUCUUUUGGCUA